GUGGCGUAUCUAUUGAAAUCUGGACACAAUCUGAUCCAGCGAUGCAUUAGUUACUAUACGUAUAUAUGUUUUAAAUAAAAAAUUUAAAAUAAAAAUUAAUUAAGAAAGGCUUAUAAAAAAGACCAACAAUUCACCAUGAAAGAGAUCUCUCUGAUUCCUUAGCUCAAAGCCAACUUAACAAGAAAAUUCCAUUUCUCUACCUCUCUCUAGAGAAGACUUUCUCUCUCUAGUUCUUGAUUUUCCGGUGUACAUCAAGAGCGGAGAUUAAAAUUAAAUCUGAUAAAAGAAACAUGGCAAGUAAUUUCUUUGGUAAGCCAAACACGAGAGGAUCUUCGCCGUCUUUAGCGUCUCCAACAUCGUCUUCUUCAUCUCCGGCGACCAGAAGAGGAAAGAAGAAUGGUUCCGAGAAGCCAAAGCAGCCACAAAGAGGUCUCGGAGUAGCGCAACUUGAGAAAAUUAGAUUACACGGCGAGAUGAGUUGCAACAAUUAUAAUCCGUCUUUGUAUCCUCAGGAGAAUGUGAGGAUGCAAGGAGAAUAUCCAUCCAUACCAUCAUCAUCACCAUCCUUUACAUAUGCAUCACCAUCGUCGACUCCUUAUGGCUUCUAUCCAGAUAUGAUGAUGGGUGUACAUAGAGAUCAGUACGAAAGAGCAACCACGAGUUGGAAUCCAAGCUACGGCAUCUUAGAGAGCCAACAUUCUUUGGAACCAAACAUCACCAGACAUUUCUUACACGAGGAUCCAAGUUCUACAAGGCGAAGUAAAUCGUUGGGAUCAGGAAACCAAAACUCGGGAUCGAGUGACAAUCAAGAGCUAGAUUUGGAAUUGAGAUUGUCAAUUUGAUCAUUUGUAAUAGUUUGAUCUUCAUGAAACUGAAAAAGUCUCGCAUUGUGAUUAUGCUGAAAAUAAAAUCUAAGCAACAACAUCUGAUUAGUUUCGAUUUGGGGUAUAACUUAUUUUCUUCGUAGGAUUGUUUGACCGUUUCUGUAGAAAAAUAUUUAGAGAAUGGAAAUCGUUUGUAAAUCUUAAGGAAUAUAAAAAGUUAGAUUAUAAACUUUUCAUGGUAAAUUCUCUUGAA